AUGCAAAACUUCGAAUAUUCUCUGAUCAUCUCAAAGAUCGCAUUCUUCACAGCGAUUUUCACCAACAAUUUUUUGAUCUACCUGACACUCUUCCAUACGAAAAAAAUCGAUAAUACCUACAAAAAAAUGAUCGCAUUUUUAAAUUUCAUCGGACAAAUUUUCUCGGGCUCCGAGCUCAUUGCUCAGCCUUUCAUGCACAAUUUCAAUAGUUCGAUAGUUUUCUUUAGCUUUCGAACUACAGUAUCCCAGAAGUUUAUGCAGUUCACACUGGCUUUUUACGCCGGAUUCGUUGGAUUGAUCAUUUCUUUAAUGGCUAUUCAAUUUUUCUACCGGUUUUUGGCACUUUUUCAUUCAAAAAUAUCAAAAAAAUUCGAGGGAAAGGGGAUUGUUAUAUGGAUUAUUUAUCCUUGGAUUCCCUGGUUUAUUUAUUUUAUAUCGCUUUAUUUAUUCUGUCAAACGGAUGAUUUUGCGGAUAGUUAUGUGAGAGCGGAAAUGUUUUCCAGUCACGGUCUGGAAAUUUCAAAUGUUCCCCGUUUUAUCUCAGUUUCAUAUGUGAGUUUUCAAAUUUCCAGAUACAUAUUGCCAAAAAAUGACAGAAUUAAAGAGUUUUCAAAAAUCUCAAAAACCCAUAUUUCAGAAUUUGGAUGGAUCGCUUCGCUGGAAAAAUCUGUGUUUCCUGGCACAAGCCGUAUUUAUCCUGGGCUUUCAUUAUUUGAUAAUUGUACUUUUUGCAAUCAAAAUGCAUUUUCAAUUAAAAAAGAAACUUUCCGAGUACUCGACAACAUAUUCUCGACUUCAGAAUCAAAUAUUUCUUGCAUUAAUUCUUCAAACUUUAAUUCCAACAUUCAUUUUCAUCCUUCCAGCUGGUCCCAUCUUUUUUGGUCCCCUUUUAUCACCGAUUUUCGAUUUUCCGAUUCGCCUAAAAUCCGGAUGGUUAUCAAAUUUCCGGAUGGUUAUAAAAUCCGGAUGGUUAUCAAAUUAAAUCAAAUUUUCAGUGUCUAUCCUGCCAUUGAUUCCAUUGUUUUUAUGAUGGUCGUGUCCGAGUACAGUAGGAUUAUUAAAUCUAGGAUCAUUGGAAUCUUCUCCACAUCUUCUCCAAUACCAACUCACAGCUCUACCAUAAAUGUUCGAGUCAGUCCUGUAUAA